AUGUCAAUGGCGGAAAAGGCUGAAGAUUUGAAUCUUCCAGUUUCGGUAGUAACCAGAUUAAUCAAGGACGUACUUCCUGCCGGCGUCACAAUAUCAAAGGAGGCGAGGGUGGCUAUUACCAGAUGCGCCAGCGUAUUCGUUUUGUUCGCAACCGCAACGGCAAACACUUACUCUAUCAAAGCAAAACGGAAGACUUUGAUGGCCAGCGACAUAUACGAUGCUCUGAUCGACAUGGACUUUGAAGAAUUUGUCGAACCGCUGAAAGAAACUGUUGAAGCAUGGCGUCAAAACGUUAAGUUGCACAAAAAGCCGAAACCGGUCGUCGAAGAACCGAAGCAGAUUGUGGUGAAAGCGGUUGAUGGUAACGCCAAAAUAAAUAUGAUAGGCGAUUCCGGUAUGCUGAGAAACAUCGAAGUGAUCGUCAAAGAACAGCCUGCACAUGAAGAUGUGUCUAACCAGGUCAUACAUUGUUUUCUGUGA